GAUUCUCAAACAUUUUCCGGAAGUCACGAUAUUGUAAACAAAAAGAUUUUGGAGGAGCCUCCAAGGAAUCCUGUGAUUUGGCUAUCCUAGAACACCUAGAACAUGGAUGUCUUGUCUCCGGAACUUUUGUGGGUAGAUAAUCGUUGCUAUCGCGUUAAUUCCACUCUGUAUUCCGAAGAAAAUCCCCCAAGUCGCAAACAGGGAGGUUAUAUUGAAGCUGAUCUUGAAAGUGAAGACGAGGAGACAAUGGAUUACGAAAUAGAAAGUACUGGAACCGAUACCUUCCGGACGACUUUUCAUGUCCCAGCUGCCUUUCAUGGCUCCAUUAUCGGUCAGAAGGGGGCAGUAAGGAAGCGCCUGGAGAUGGAAACUAAAUCAUUGAUCAAUGUGCCAGAGAGAGGAUCAAAGGCACCAAUUGUGGUGACAGGUCGGAAAGAGGGGGACGUGAUUGCGGCCAGGAAGAAGAUUGAAGACAUUGUUGCAUCAUCUCGCAGAAGGAAUGACAUUACGCACUUCUUAUCCAUUCCCUGCAACAGUGAGGAGAUCAAGACAGCUUUUGGGCGAUUCAAGGAAGCCCUAUUCUCAGGACCUCCAAUUGAGGGUCUCACUGAGGAUAUGAUGCAGGUCCCUGAGAAACUCCAUCUGACACUCACUACAAUGGUCCUGAUGGACGAUCAGGAGCGCAAACUGGCCAAGAAUAUUCUGCAUGACGAAGAGGACAACAUAAAAGCCAUCCUGGCGGAAUUUGGUGGCAAAGCUGAGGUUCAGAUUGAGGGAUUAGACUCAAUGACAGAUGAUCCUCAAGCAACAAAAGUACUCUACGCGAAAGUCCAGUCUGAAGCUCUCCAGAGGAUUGCUGAUCACUUUGAGUGUGUCUAUGGAAAGCUGAGACUGGGAAAGGAACAAAAGCGAAGCAGUGUGAAGCUUCACAUGACGGUAAUCUCCUCGAGAUUUGCAGACUUUGAAGCAGAAAAGGCAGGGAAUCACAAAAAGACCCAGCCAUUCAAUGCCACGAAAAUAUUUGAGGACUUCAAGGAUUUUGCUUUUGGGAAGGUUCCUCUGACCGAAGUACACCUCUCUCAGAGGGGAACCUACGAUGACAGGGGAUACUACAAAGCUACCAGUGUUCUCCAUCUGUAGAGGCAAAACUAUGAUAAAUAUCCUUGAAAUAAAGCUCUGUAUCUUAUUA